AUGAAGAAGUCAGUAUUGCCUUCAGUACGCUGCUGCCUCUCAGCGUACAGAGCAGCAGCCGGUGGACCAGCUUGUAUUUAAAAUUAACCUAUUUUCGUUCACACUAACGUGCAGUCAUUUCUGUUACUGUAAUAUUUAUUUUGGAUUUUUUUUAAAAACAAGAACAGCAAGGACGCCCGAGAAGUACCGAGGACGUGUGAGAGUUUUGUCAAACAACCCCUCUGGUCCUGGUCCGCCUCCACUCUGCUCGCUAGCUAUUUGCCAAGAGAGUCAUUUUCUGCGGUCCGAGGAAACAUGAGCUUUCUUUUUGGAAAUCGUUCAUCCAAGACAUUCAAGCCCAAGAAGAAUAUCCCGGAGGGUUCUCACCAGUACGAGCUGUUGAAACAUGCAGAAGCUACACUGGGAAGUGGAAACCUGCGCAUGGCAGUCAUGUUGCCCGAGGGUGAAGACUUAAACGAAUGGGUCGCAGUCAACACUGUGGAUUUCUUCAACCAGAUCAACAUGCUGUACGGCACCAUCACAGACUUUUGCACAGAGGAAAGCUGUCCGGUCAUGUCUGCUGGUCCUAAGUAUGAGUACCAUUGGGCCGACGGAACCAACAUCAAGAAGCCAAUCAAAUGCUCCGCUCCCAAGUAUAUCGAUUACCUCAUGACCUGGGUGCAAGACCAGCUCGACGAUGAGACACUAUUCCCUUCAAAGAUCGGCGUCCCCUUUAAGCGAAACUUUAUGUCCGUGGCGAAGACCAUUCUGAAGCGCCUGUUCAGGGUCUACGCCCACAUCUACCACCAGCACUUUGACUCCGUCAUGCAGCUGCAAGAGGAGGCCCACCUCAACACGUCAUUCAAACACUUCAUCUUUUUUGUUCAGGAGUUCAACCUCAUCGACAGGAAAGAGCUGGUCCCACUACAGGAGCUGAUUGAAAAACUGACAACCAAGGAUAGAUAAACAGCAAUGUAAUUGUUAUUUUAUUGGUCUUGUAGUUUUUGCACAGAUACCCACCCCACCCUGGCUAUAUGUAUGCAGUAUAUACUAUAUUUCCAUUUGGGGAAAUGUUUUUAAUAAGGCCAGGAAGAAGGAAGGGUCUUGAUAGGUUUAAGGCACCAGGACUAAUGCUAUCAGGGAUUACACACUUGAUUGAACAAACCACAGAUCAACAUAAGAGAAAAUGGUUUUAUCUGUACGGAAAAAUCCCCAGUAUUCAGUCAUGGCUUACAUUUAGGUUAGUAUAGAUUUAUGUUGAUAAGUUUUAUAUUAAACUGCACAGAAUUUUUUUUUUUUCCUCACUUGGAUUUACGGCAACAAGAGGCAUUUUCAUGCUCUCAAGAUUCCCAUUUCCAGCUUGCCUGCAGGGAAGAAUAGUGUGUAAGCAAAGUUGCUGUAUCAUAACAGGAAGGUUUUUUGUUGGUGUUAUGACCAUGAAUUUAAGCCAGCCUUUUAAGCCAAUUCAAGAGCUAGUUAUAUUAUCUAUUAAUCUGCACAGAAUGAGCUGGGUUUGCAGUUUGCUAUUCAUCAGUAAUUACCCACAUCUGUCAAUACAAGAGAAUCCUAAGUGCCUAGCAUGGCUCGUAAUUGCCCUAUAUCAACAGUGAGAACUGUAAGAAGAUAAAGGCCAUACACUACUGACAUGAUUGACACAACAUCAAAUUUUACACCCCACCUCCCUUUAAGUUUAUACUCCUGUUCUACUUGUAUUUUAACUUGUUUUGGGUUUUUUUUCCUUCUCUUUAAAACCACACUACUCCUCAACAUCAUCCUUACUAUGUCACCCAGUGUUCUGUGCAGGUUAUGAUAAAUGAAUGUGUUGAAGGACAUAGAAGUGAGGCUAGAUUAUGUCGUAGCAGGGACUGAAAAUUAACUUUUAGCGCGUUCUAGUGACAUGUUUCUGCGUACUAGUCCCCCCCCCCACAACUUAAAGUAGAAAUUUUUUAGAAAAAAAGUCUCCAAGGCAUCGAAAACUUUAAAUUGUACAUAAAGGGUUAUAAAUAGAAAUAUAGACCCGUGUUCAAAGUCACAACCUCUGCUGUUAAAUAUACAAAUCAAGCAUUUUUUAAAAUUGGAUUAUGCUGCAUACCUUGUUAUCUCACUAGCCAUAAAGCACUUUGAACAAUUUUCCUGACCUCUCUCGCCUGAAUGUGUAUUCUGCAUAGACCGUGCUUUGUGAGAAGCUGUAUCAUGUGACUGAUCAUAGUUUCUUUCCUCCCCCAUAUUUCCCCAAAAUGAAUGUCGAAUUGCUUAAGCUCCUCUGAAAUCGGCUAUAAGGCACAAGUGAGGGUUUCUUACGCUUUUUUAUGGUCCGAGUUGUUUGUCGCCAUGCUUCAAACAACAAACGCAUGUACCUUUUCCCAAUCUCAAAGUGUAGUUUACUAUGCAAUAAUUGACACAACACUAAAAAGGGUUACCAGUUGGCUCAUUCAUACUUUAUCUAAUAUUCAUUUUCCUUUUCUUUUUUUUUUAUAGUGCUUAAAUUCUGGUUUAUGAUAGAAAUAGAUUUGCUUCUCUUUCAGGUUUGGUUUCAAAAUCAGUGACAUGAACAUUUUAUAUAUCUUACUAUUGAAAUUUGUCAGAGAGGUGUAAUACUUCAAUGCACACAUGUAAAUACUGAGGGUUAGACCUGUCUUUAAAAAUAAUUUUCAGCGAGCAUGGAGUGGUAGCGUUUGGUUAAAAGAAUGCAUCGAGUCUUUUUAGAGGCUGCUUUCCCUUCCUCCGAUUUUGAAUAUUAAAAUCUUGUUUGUUUGUUUUAAUUGUUGAGUAUCUCUCUCCCCCCCCGCCCCCGCCCCUUCGCCCCCCCCACUUCCUUAGCUAACUAUUAUGAAUGUUACUGCUCACCAGAUGUCUGAAAAUGUCAUCCUGAAAGCAUCUCAUCCUUAUGAAAUGCCCACAGCAUAGCCUAUUGCCUACAGUUUUUCUCCUUUUGACUGUAAUAAUUGAUGAAAUGUUUGUAAAUAAUGGCUUGGUAGGGGGUUUUCAAUGCUACUGAAUUGAUUUAUGCUGUUUACAAGGCAAAUAAAGAUGGUCUUGACUCUUUGAA